AUGGAGGAUGACAAAAGGGAGGAAACUCAUUUAGAACAAGGGUCACCACCAAAUGAAGCAAUUUUCUUUGUGUUGGCUUAUCUUCCUCUCUUUGAGCUUUUGGCCAUGGCCCGAGUUUGUAAAUCGCUUAGAGACGCCAUAAACGACGACAUACUCCCAUGGCUGAAACUCGUCGUUGGCCCACCUCUCAAUUGGCGUCUAUCUGAUGAAAUUCUAACGAAAAUCACUUCGAAAGCCGAAGGGAGGCUUAGAGUUCUUGCUUUGAUCAAUUGUGUGAAGAUUACGGAUGAUGGGCUCUUGAGGGUUGUUGCUCAAAAUUCCCAUAUCAGCAAGAUUCUUGUUCCAGGAUGCACGAGCCUAACACCCGAAGGAAUCAUUAAAGCUGUCGAAAUUCUCUCCCAAAACAACCACCGUCUAAAAAGGCUCCAAAUCAAUGGCAUUUACGGCAUUCGCAGACGAGAUCUCGAAACACUUAGUACCCUAAUCGAUCAAACACAUCUCCGCACACACAUGACUUUAUAUCACGAGCACAAAAGCCUUUCGACCCUCCAACUCAUAAAGAUUGAUGAGCCAAUAGAUGUCGAUGUAUGUCCCAAAUGCAAUCAAGUAGGAAUAGUGUACGACUGCCCGCAAAACCUUUGCCAAAGGAAACAAGUUAGAGAAUGUAAGGGGUGCGAAAAUUGCAUUAUUAGAUGUGUGGAGUGCGGUGUGUGUGUCUCGAGCACCCAGGGACCGGAAGAGGCUCUAUGUUCGGACACAUUGUGUCUCGACUGCUGGCUUAGGCUGCCAAAGUGUAAUUUUUGCAACAAGCCGUAUUGUAAAAGGCAUGGUGAUGAACGGGCUAUUAGUGUUUCGCGCUCAUCGGGAUUUCUAUGUGAUGCUUGCCGUUUCAAUUUCAAUUGA